CGAUAACCUAGUUACUUCCCCUAUUUGACUCUCCAAUAUUGGAGGUACUUACUUCCGGUAGGUAAAGUUGCUGGCGCCAUUCAGUGUACGUGUAUACAAAAAACAGAAUAUGGAGUCUUUUGAUAAAAUGACAAAAAAACAACUGAUUGAAUUUUUUAAAAAGUGUCGGCAACCAACUUUUGGAAAUAAACCGGAACUUGUACGAAGAGCUAGGGGAGCGAAGGAAUUGGGAUUGGAUCUGAACAACGAUAGGCCUAGCGACAAUUUGGUAGUAUCGCUAAAGGAUAGAAUAAUCACGCCGCUCGGUGAAAACUUACCGGUUCCAUCGCAUCUAACAGAAGGUUGGGUAACGGACUGUGAGCAUUUCCCUGACCUAACGGAAAACGAAGUUUACAACUAUCUUGUGUUAAGUAAACGUACCUUUGAUUCAAACCAACAGUCUGCAAGGCGUCAAUUAAAAGCCAGAAUUUUUUAUGAUGAAGGUCACGUUCAGAAUAUCGAACUUAAUCUAGUCUCGCAAGACUCUUCACAUUGCAUUGUAAAAUGUAACUGUUUACCAUCAAUUCCUACCAAAGAUAAAAACAAGAAACCAGCAUACAGAACCUGGGUGUGCUUGUCAAAAGUCACUGGUAGAGUCCACACAGCGGAAUGCAAUUGUGUUGCAGGAGAAGGGGGAGCUUGCAACCAUAUUGCAGCAUUGCUAUACGGAAUAGUGGAUAUUACAGAUAAAAAGCACACUGGUAAAAUUGCUCCAACAUCCAAAGCAUGCGGGUGGAUUAAACCACGCAGUAGAAAUCUUUCCCCCCAAAAGGCUCAAGAUAUGAAUUUUAAGAAAGUAAAGACAGAAAAACACAACAGUGCUCAAGCUUCUUACAGUGUCAGUGAUAAAAGUGCAGACCUAACCUUACCAUCUGUUCAAGAAUUUAAAGAAAAAUUGGAAAAAAUUAAUCCAAUGGCUGGGUGGCUUAAAAACUUCUCAAAAAUACAAACUGCACCAGUUUUUGAAAGAGCAAUACCUGAACUUCAUCAAAUAUCUUUUUGUUACAAAGACAAUGUUGAUUUGUUUUCAGAAAAUUGUCAACAACAUUUUAUGCAAUAUUUUGAGUCUCUUUACAUUUCUGCAGAAGAGUGUGAAAUCAUAAAUGAAAUGACAAUAGGUCAAAGCAUCAACCCAAAAUGGAAAGAAGCAAGACAUGGACGCCUAACUGCCUCAGACUUUGGUAAAAUUGUUCGUAGAAAAUCAGAAACAUUACCAGAUAAUUUAUUGAAAUAUAUUCUUGGAUACUGUCCAACCUUCACUAAUACAGCGGUUGAAUGGGGAAGAGAGCACGAGAAAGUUGCUAUAGACAGCUAUCUACUGAAGGCGAGGGAGUUGCACCCACCCCUCACAUAUCAGGAGACUGGAUUAGUUGUUAGGGAAGCACUCCCCCACCUAGGUGCAAGCCCUGAUGGACUAGUGUACUGUCCGCAUUGCAACCCUUACCAUGGUGUAAUUGAAGUGAAGUGUCCGUACAGCUUUAAAGAUGUGCAUCCAAAAGAAGCAGCCUUAAGUGACAAUUUUUUCUGUUAUUUAGAUGAAAAUAAGAAGUUACGACUAAAGAAAAACCAUGCAUAUUAUUACCAGGUCCAAGGGGAAAUGGCAAUUACACAAAGAAAGUGGUGUCACUUUAUUGUAUGGACAAAUAAAGGUCUAGAAUUUGAAACAAUUUUCUAUGAUGAAGAACUUUGGGAAAAUGUUAUGUUACCAAAAUUGAAUACUUUUUUUUGCUCUGCAGUGUUACCUGAACUUUUUUCAGACAGAGUUAAACGGGGUCUUAGAUUGUAAACACUGGGCCAUGACAGUUAAUCCAUUUUUUUUUUAACCCAUAUGCAAGCUAGUAAGGUUUUUCUUGGGUGUUGUGUAUUUUUUCAAUGCAUUUAAUAUACAACACUAUAGUGAUGGGUAAAGAUUUUUUAAUUCUGUUCUCAAAUGAUGCAUUAAGAAAAACUCUGUUAACACUAAAAUCUUAGCACGACAACAAUCAAAGAUUUAUGUACUGGUAAUAAUGUAUAUUAUUUAUAUGUUAAAAAAAUUGCAAUAAAACAUUGAAUCUACCUUGCAAAUGAGAUAUUUCAAAAUUUUGCAAAUUGUAUUCAUUAUUUUAAAUUGUGAUCAUGUUUGAUGAAAAUAAAACAAUUAUACAUGGAAUUAUUAUUUAUUUCAUAUUCUUAAGGAAUAGACAUAUUCAUAAAACAAGGAAAUCAUAAUAACAUUGCAGUCACUACAUAUUUGCUUGGAGUCAGGAUUUCUUUAGAUUAGGAAAAUUCAUGACAUUUAGUAUAAUACUAUAGAGGAACCAAAUGAGAUAUAUGUAGAUUGACUGCCCUGUACUAUGAUUGAAUAAGAGGUGGCAUGAGAUUACAAAGAGCACAAACAACGAACACUAUUUUGGACAUCUUGUCAUGAAGUGAUAUUGGAACUACACCUUGAAUAAUUCUAAAAUUUUUAAUUCGCUCCAUUGCUCGUUGCACAUGAAUUCUUAAAUUCGCAAUCCUUCUGGUUUUUUCUACUUCACAUUUUGUUAGCCGUCCAUGUUUCUUUAAAGGAGGUAUUAUGAGAUGGAUUCCAUUUGGAGUGCACAGAUCAGCUAUAAGGAAUCCCUUGUCACCUAUUAUUGCAUCUCCGGGUUCACAUUUUUCAAUAAGUUUUGAUAACUUGGUUACUUGCUUGUCAGAUGUGCUCCCACUCCAUAAAUCCGACACAUGUGUAAUAACACCAUUAGGGCUGAUUCCAAUAAGGACUUUCCAAGUCAUGUGUGAUUUAUAGUCUGAAUACAUUCUUCCUUUGUUGGAUAAUGAUUGAGGUGUUUCCGUGUAGAUCUCCGUGCAGUCUAUUAUGACACGGCAAUUUGGGUAUCUUCGUUUAAAGCUGUCGGGCAUAUUUUCUUUGAUGACAUUUCGGUCUGGCCAUGCUACUAAAAAUUCUAGAUGUUCAUACAUCAAGUUUAGCCAUUCAUUAAAUAUUUUACUGCAGGUUGAUGGAGAUAUGUUGAAUCUUUGAGCCAAAUCUUGAAUUAAGAGUCCUAGUCUUAAACGCAUUAAAACCAUCAAAAAUUCAUCAACUUCUCUUAGUUUUCUUGGUCUUCCUCCGAGAACAUCAGAAACUUCACAUUUAUAAUAGAC